UAAGUACGAUCCUGUCCUAACGUAGUCCUCAAAAGCAGUCUUGGGACAAACCGAGAUAAUCUAAUCGACAGGGAGUGCACGACCCAAUCAAGUUGUCCUUUUCCCUUUAAUUUCAUUUUUAAAAAAAGACAUUUCGUGUAAUAAGCUAGGUUACCGCGGUCCUCCAAUGGAGUGGGUAGUCAGUGUUGCCUUUUGACGCGUGAAAACGACACAUGGUGUCGCUCAACGUGAGAAGUUAUCUCGGUGUGUGGCCCAGGUCUAAGGUUUAUUACUUUGGAUCUCGUUUAUUAAGCCUGUAUCGGAACUUCGGUGUCAUCAGACAACAUAGUAGAGCAGCUGCUUACGGGAGAGUGUCACUGGAUAAGUCAAUUGGGAGUAGUCGAGAUGAGGAAAACGGUAACACUAUGACGGCACUGUGACGACAAAUACGGAUUGUGUUAAGAAUCUGGCAUAGAAUUUCUCUGCUGAAUGCCCCUACAAUUGGAACGUCUGCAAGCAUAAUGCGUCUGACACUGACGUCACCAAGUCUUGGCAUCUACGUCACUUCCCCUGGGACUCUGCCUGGAGGACAUGAGCAGAGCUGGCGGAAAGGUCGACAGGCUGUGAAAAGUGCUCCCGCAAAAGUCCGCCAGAAAAGCUCUGGAUACUCCCGGCCGUCAAGUCGCGACCCCAGAAAGACACAGCAUAGGCCGGUCAGUGUGGCCACCACCAGCACACGUCACAUCCGGCGAGCCCAGGGGACGCCCGACAGAAUCAGUGUGGAUGACGUCGUGUCUCUGGCUCAGCACACAAGGGAGGUGACGUCACUUGAGAACAGGAGACAAGUUUUGGAAGAAGCCCAAAAGACAGUCCGGCGCGAAUUGCUCCCCGUGGAUUUGUCCAGGCCUCAUUCUGUUGUGGGGAACGGACUGCAGGCCAUGACAUCACCCAUGCCGCUCUCAGCCAGGGACGGAAAGAGACUCAGCCAGAUGGAGCAUAUACCUGUCCUGCUGCCCCUGCCAAGUGACCGGACGUUCAUCCCCUCCCCCGACCAGGACAACACACGUCACAUGACCACGCCCAUUGACUUUGGCCGCAGCGACUCCGUGGCCAGGCAGUGCUGUGAGAUCAUGGGCGCCAGCACCUGUCGCGUCUGCCGGAAGCUGGAAAGUCGUCUGCUCAACCGCGAGAAGGCAGAACAGGAAUGUCCACGCAUGCGCAUCUCGCAGCAGAACAUCGCCAUGACGCAGAUCGUCAAACGGUUUUUCCCUUUCAUGGACGAGGAUGAAAUCCAAGACAAGAUAGCGCGAGGGGAGAUCAGUCGAUCCAAUUUCCCGCCUCGCUGUGGAGCGUGUCGGCAUCAUGAGAGAGAUAAUGACGAGGACGGGAGCCAAGAGGGUGAUACUGCAGAUGAUUUACAAAAUAGCGGAGAAGGAAACGAGCCUAAGCAGAUUCCGUCUACGGCGCACGGCGAGUGCGAAGAACUAUCCAAACCCUCGAAAGCACCGACCCACACUUCAUUCUACGUGUUGGCGAAAUUGGCACUCCGACUAGGAGGGGAGACCAGUACUCCGCUCUUUUUCUCCGAUCUAAAGCGGAUGCAGACCAAGAUCCUGAGCGGGGAGGUAGAAAGGAAGUCAUACAUGAAGCCCAAAAGGGAACUAGCCCGGAUGAAGUCUGCCGUUUCCUCCGUGUCGACUGCAAGCUCUAGCAAGUCCACCCUUUCCAAAAUCGGUUCUCGGCUCACCCAGACCCUCAUGCCCACAUUCGUCAGUCCACGGAAGGUGAAGAUCAUGGAGGAACCCAAGUACAAAGUCUUCUACGAGCCGCCGUUGUUGUCUAGGAGAAAACAGAUCCCAAACCCGUCCUUUUUCGCGGGUUCCACAGAUGAGUAUUAUCUACCUGAGCGGCUGCCUGACGUCAUCGAGUUUGCCGACUCCAAGCGGAUUUUGAUGAUGGAGAAGCAGAUGCGGUCAGCAAGCUCAAUGUCUUUGGCCUCCUCUAUGGGUGAGGAGACCGACCUUAACAAAUCUGGCAGUCGCACGGCACGUAGUGACCGGAUUGGCUCCGCGAGGGAAGAGAAUAUACCCGAAGUUUCCACAAAGGACGGUGAAGAACCAAAGUAUUCGACAGAAGAGCAGGUGUCGGGCAUUAAGCAGCAGAGGGCCCCGCGUGUGAGUGCAGAAGGUGAACUGAGUGACCACGCGGAGGAGGUGGAGUUGGAGACAAUACACGAAGCUCAGGGAAAGCAGCAACAUCAUCAUCAACAACAAAAUCAACAACAACAACAGCAGCAGCAGCAGCAGCAG